AUGGUAAAAAAUUCUGUCAUUUCAGUUAUUUUUCAAAAAGAAAAGAAAGGAUCUGUUGAAUUUCAAGUAUUCAAUUUCACCAAUAAGAUACGGAGACUUACUUCACAUUUAGAAUUGCACAAAAAAGACUAUUUAUCUCAGAGAGGUUUGAAGAAAAUUUUGGGAAAACGUCAACGACUGCUAGCUUAUUUGGCAAAAAAAAAUAGAGUACGUUAUAAAGAAUUAAUUAAUCAGUUGGACAUUCGAGAGACAAAAACUCGUUAA